UUAAUUAUUUAUUCAAUCAUUCUAGAUAGGAAUCUUGAAAAGGAGUUAAGUAAGAUGAAGAUGAUCAAUGGAAAGUAGCAAGACAAUACACCAUAUUUCAAAUAGAAUUCAUAUUAGACAUGAAAAUUUUCCUUCUUACCUUCAUCUCCAUCAUCUACCUUGCUGUAGGCCAAGAUGAGUGCCUCCCAGCAACAUGUGGCCCUUAUGCGCCCGUUGUACGUUUCCCGUUCUGGCUAAAAGGUCACCAACCGGAGCGCUGUGGAUACCCGGGCUUCGGCUUGUCAUGCAACGGAAGCAGAGCAGAUCUUGAUCUUCAAUUCCCAGUGACAGCAUCAGCCACAAAUAUCAUGCUCCCAUUAAACAUGACAGUUGCAGUGUGGAACAUUGAUUAUAAAGCACAAAAAAUGCUAGUUAACUAUGCCAGAGCAAGAUCCUGCCUCCCGAGGAAGCUCCCCACCUUAAACUCCUCUGCUUCUCCUAUAUUUGAGGCAGAAGCAAUAGGAUAUGGUGAAGGAUCCACUCUGUUCAAUUGUUCCAACACAAGAAACUAUGAGACAGUUGCUUGCCUUAGCAGCAGUCGUUACCAAGUUCUUGAUUUUGCUUCUAUGUAUGACAUCUCGUCCUUGCCCCCAUACUCGUCUUGUUUCAAGAUGUACAACAUUUCGUAUGUUCCAGACCGUGCAUUGACUGGAGGAGACGAUGAAUCUGGCACUCGUUUUUAUCUUAAAUGGAGCAGGCCUUCUUGUGGUAAGUGUGAAGCAAAAGGGAAUUAUUGUAGGUUGCAAAAUAGUGCUGCUGCAGCAGAAACUGAAUGCUUCAGCCCUCAACAUGGUACAAAUACAACAGGUGCAUUAACAAACCACAAACCACUUGCAGCAGGGAUUACAGCAGGAAUAAUACUCCUGGCAUUCAUUGUGAUCGCCUCGUUUUUCAUGUUUAAGGUGAUGAAGAGGAAGAGAAAUGAUUACAAAAGGAUAGAAAAUGCUGUAAAAAGACACAAGGAUAUGAGGCCAAGAAGAUACAGUUAUGCAGAUGUGAAGAGACUUACAAAUAAUUUAGAGGAGAAAGUCAGCCAUGGAGCUCUCGUGCACAAAGGGAAGCUCAGCGAUGGAACUCCCGUUGCUGUCAAAGUGCUGGAUGCAUCUGAACAAGACGACGAGGAGUUCAUCUCAGAAGUGGAGAGAAUAGGUGGGAUGCAACAUUCAAACAUCCUUCAAUUGAUCGGAUACUGUGCAGAUGGACGCAGAAGAGCUCUCAUCUACGAGUUGUUGCAAGGCGGAACACUUGCUGAAAAGCAAAGCCACACACUUGGUUGGGAGAAGGUACAACAGAUUGCUAUAGACAUAGCCAAAGGAGUGGAGCAUGUGCACCAAGAAUCUUCCCAGAAGAUCCUCAACUUGGUGUGGGAUCCUCGGAGUGUCUUGUUAGACCACAGCUUCAGCCCCAAAAUCAUAGUGUCUACGACGUGUGCUGAUGAAGGAGCAUGGCGAUAUACUGCUCCUGAGUUACUCUCAUGUUCCUCUAACAUCAUACCACAGAAAGCAUAUGCUUAUGGUUUUGGCAUGCUGUUGCUGGAUAUGAUAGGGGCAAGUUUGAGUGAUGGAGAGGAGAGAAGUGAAGUCCAGUUUCCAGAAUGGGUUAUUAGGCAGCUGGAGAAGAGAGAAGAAGAAGGGAAACCAAAUGAAUCAGUUGAGAAAAUGUUGAUUGUUGGGCUAUGGUGUAUUCAGUGGUUUCCAUGCGAUCGUCCAUCCAUCAAAGCAUUGAUCAAAAUGCUUCAACAACAAACCAUGCCUCAUAUGCCUCCAUAUCCUUUUCAUCUCAACACAUGGCAAAAUUGAAUAUUCUGCAUGUGCUCAUUUUCUACCAUUAAAACAUUACAUCCUCCUGAUGGAGAAUGAUGUAAGAGUAUUUUAUUUAUUACUUUUAAUUAUUAGGUCUUUAUUAUUUGUGUUUA